AUGUAUCAAAAUGAAACAGAAUAUUAUAGUGGUAGCGGUUUUAAGGAAUCUGGGAUAAUGAAAAAAUGGAAAGAGAAACUCCUUAUAUUUUAUUUAAAUACUCAGGUAAUUAUAAUUUGAUUAUUUAAAAGGUUUUAUAGAUAUAAGAUGUUAAGGAUUAAACAUAAAAAUAGAUUAGAAUUUAUGAUUACACGAAGAAAAGAUUAGGCAGAAAUUAAGAUAAAUAUGUGAUAAAGUUGUGGAAUUAAUAAAAUGAGAUCAAAUUAGGAUGGAAUAAUGAGAAAGAGUAUUUGUAAUGGUGUGAUUGCUUUUCUGGAGAAUGGUAGAAAAAGUUGAUCCAAAGAAAAGUUUUAGAAGAAUUUGAUAGAUCAUUACCUGAAGUAGAACCUUACAUUGAUAAAUAACCAUUAGUAAUAAAAUCUCAAGCUAAGCCAAGUUUAUUGUCAAGGGAGAAAAUUUAGAAGAUGAUUCCAUAUUUACCUGAUUUCAUAUAGGUAUUAUUUAUUAUAAUAAAAUAUUAGAAAGAUAUGGAAAUAUUGUUGUAGAACACAUUAUAAAAUUUGGAUGGUUUCAGUGAUAUUCAGAAUUUUAAAUAAAUUUUAGAUUCAGAAAAUGUCCAGUUAUAUUAGGACACAAAUGAUAAUUUGCAUAUGAAAUUAAUUUAUUAUUCUAAAAUAGAACCACGUAGAAUCUAUGAUGUAAAUAUACAAUUAAUAUUUUAGGAACAUAUUAUGCCAUCUACUUAAAAUUGGAUGCCUCAUUUAAUUAAAUAAUUUUAAGUAUAUCCUACUAAAAAAGGAUGUAGUUUAGUUUAUGCUGAAUUAUAAUUUGAUGAAAAUUCUUGUGAAAAUAUAAAAAUUAUUGAAAAUCAAGAUCUAUCUAUGAAUAAAAAAGAUAAUGAUAUAAUAAGGAUUGUAUUUACAUAAAAAGGAUUUGAGAAGGAUGGAAUUUAUUGUAUAUUUCGUAAAUAUACUGGAUAGGAGAUAUAUCAUGAUUAAAUUGAUCUUAAUUUGGCUUAGCAUUUAGAUCAAUAUAAAAUAAUUAGAUCUGCUUUAGUAGUUUAAUCUUCCAAGUAUGAUUUUGAUAAUCAUUUAGUAAGUAAGAAUAUAAGAGUUUGUUAAUUGAAGAAAUAUAUGUUGAAUGCUAAGAUAAAGAUGCAGGAGAAAAGAUGUUGAAAGUCUUGUUAAUGAAUAUUACUUCUAAUGAUAGAAAUUUAAUUUAAAUUUAAGAAUAAAUCUAAUAGAUAACAGAAAAUGUAAUUACUAAAAAUUACGAAAGUUUAGAUACUCUACAAAUCUCUAUUAAACUAACAGAUUAAGAAAUCUUCAGAAUAACAUCUGAAUAACAUUAAAUACAAUCUCGAGAAGAGUUUCUCAAACUGAUUGACAAAGUCUACAAUGGAGAAUAUAUAAAUGAAGCCAUAAAUUCUUAUUCAGAUUAAAGAAUAUUAUAAGGAUUAACUUAGCAAUUAGAUAAUACUGAAGAAGAUGGACAUUUCAUGUAUACUAAACAUUAUAGAGUUGAUUCAUAAAGAGGUGGAUUGACUUACCAUAAUGAAAGACUAUUAAAAGAUCAAAGAUCUGUACUCUUGAAUAUGAUCAAGAGAAUUGGUUCUAAUAUAAUUAAUGGUAAAUCUGUUAUGUCAGUUUCAUUACCAAUAUAGAUUUUUGAGAGCAGAUCAUUUUUGGAAAGAAUGGCAAGGGCUUAAGGACAUGCACCAUUAUUUUUGGAGCCUGCAGCCCAAUCAAUUGAUGUGAAAGAAUAAAUGAAAUUAACUCUAGCAUUCUAUUUUUCAGGUUUUAUGAUGGGAAUUUAAUAAGAGAAACCUUUUAAUCCUAUUUUAGGCGAAACCUUUUAAGGUAGGAUAAAAGGUUGUCCUAUAUAUUUGGAAUAGACUUCUCAUCAUCCUCCUAUUUCUAAUUAUAUUAUGUUUGGUAGAGACUAUAAAUUAUAUGGAGCAUUUAGUCCUAUUGUUAAUAUGGGAUGUAAUAGUUUGUCUGGAGAAUAACAAGGUCAUAGUGUUGUACAUUUUCUAAACACAAACUUAAAGUUUUAUUACAUUAAUCAACCAUUUACUGUUUAUAAUAUUAUUACUGGAUAAAGGAAUGUAAAUUGUCAUAAAAGAAGUUUUUGUUUUUAACCUGAUCUUUAAUUAUGUGCUGUCAUCCAAUUUAAUCCAAAAGAUAAAAAUAGUAGUUUCUUUUCUAAAUCUAAUUAACCAAUAGAUUACUUUGUUGGUUAAAUUCAUAAAGUUACUCCUAUGUGUAUUGAGAGAUGUAAAUUAGCACAUCGUACAGGUUCAGGAUUGAAUAUGAAACUUAAGAUAAAAUAAGAAGAAAUUUUAGAAAGUUAUGAAUAAUUAACUGGUAGAUGGACAUCUCAUCUAGAUAUAAAUAAUUAAAGAUAUUGGGAUAUUAAUGUUCAUAGGUACAAUAAUUAAUUUAUCAUAGACCUUUUAUUUUAGAGCUUGAAUCUAAACCACUACCAUCAGAUUGUCUAUAUAGACUAGAUUUAUUAUUAAUGAAGCGAAAAGAAAUACAAAGAGCCUAGGAUAUGAAAGAGAAGAUGGAAGUAGAAUAAAGAAGGGACUAAAAGUUAAGACCAAGAAGGUAAAUCUGAUGUAAUAUAUAAUUUAAAUGAAUACACUCUUAAUUUGCUUAUCUCAUCAGAAUAAUAUUUAUUAAAAUACUUAUGGAUUUUGAAAUCAAUGAUUCCAUUCAAGCAGAAAAGAGAAAAUAUCUCCUUCUAACCUUAAAUGGAUAACCAGAUGCUAAUAUCAUUAGGUUUAAGUUUUUUUAAGUAAUUUGAUUGUAUUAACCAUAGAGGUAAAUUUGUAUGGCUGAUAUCAAAAUUAAAGCUGAGAAUUAUUAUCAAAUGAAAAUUCAAUGUCUUAGAUUGUUUACUUAAUAAGGCAUAGAGAUAUUUUAAGAAGAUCUUCCAUAUAUAAAAGAGGGGACUCUCCUAUAUAUAUCAGACAGUAUACAUUGUAUCCAAUUUAUUUCUUAGGUAGCGAUUUUGAUGCUUAUUCAUAAAUAAGUGUUUACCAAAUAGUGAAAGUACUUGGAGAGGGUGGAUUUGGGAAGGUGAUGUUAGGUAAACAUAAAGUAACAGGAGAACAGGUAGCAAUAAAACUGAUAGAUUCUGGGAAAUUAUGGAAUGCUGAGGAUAUUGAUUUAGUGUUUAGAGAGGCAGAAGUGAUGAAGAAUCUUAGACAUAAUAAUAUCAUAAAAAUAUUAAACUAUUAUACACUUCCAAAUAUGUAAGUUGUUUUAAUAAUGGAAUUCUUACAAGGAGGGGAUUUGGUUGAAUAUAUUUAAGGUGUAUAAUAAUAUAAUAAAUUUAGAAAAAGGAGGAUUGUCAGAGGAAGAAGCUAGAGUAAUAUUUCGAUAGAUUGCUGAGGCUAUUCGUUAUUGCCAUGAUAAACGUCUUAUUCAUAGAGAUUUGAAAUUAGAAAAUGUUUUAUUGACAUCCAAAGUAGAAAAAAUGAUUAAAAUAAUUGAUUUCGGUAUUGCAACAGUUUCAACAAAUUUUACAAUUGAUAAAGUUGACAGAGGAUCAUUAAGUUACAUGCCUCCAGAAGUAGUAGGUGGUUAAGCUACUGAAAUAAGAUCAUCUAUAGAUAUUUGGGCAUUAGGAGUAAUCUUAUAUGCUCUUGUUUGUGCUAAUUUACCUUUUACUUCUAGAAAUGAUGAGUAAACUAUUGACAAUAUCUUAAAGUGUAAUUAUACAUUCCCUUCUCAUCUUAUUCUAAGCAAAGAAUAUAAGGAGUUAGUAACUAAUAUGUUGAAUCCUGAUCAAUCAGAAAGAUAUUCAGCAUAUUAAAUACUAAGUCAUCCUUGGAUGUAAAAGGUUUUGACUUAAUCACCUACUAAAAUGCUUAAUCCUCGUACUUUAGCUAAUAAAAAGAAUAAAAAAACAUUAAUCUAAAUGGGAAUUAAGAAGGAAAUAACUAUGGCUGGACCUAGUCGUCAUUCCUAAUAACCUUAAAUUAGAGCUGGUGCAACUAUGCUAAAGCCUACUUCAAAUCAAGGUUUUGUACAAGUUAUGUAUGAUCUUCAAACUCGAAACUUUUUAGUAAUUAUUAGUAUAUAAAUUUUAGAAAUAAGAAGAUCAAUCUUCUCCUCGAUCAUCUCUCAACUUCUUAGGUGAUUUAGUUAAUAAAUCUAAUUAAGAGCCAGAUGAAAUUAUCAAUUCAGAAAAACCUAAGAUAAAAACACCUUUGACAAGGAAGUAUUCUGAUUUUAAUUAAAAAUUGAUUGAUAAAAUCUUUUUAGAAGAUUCAAAAAGGGAAAAAAUUAAAUAAUGGAGAAAGAGUUAAGCUAAGAAAUAAGGUAAUCAUCUUAAAUCCCAAUCUCAGGGAUCCAUUAUUAAUUGUGUUUAGAAUAAUUAUGUUUCUGCUCGAAGUGCAAAUACUUCUCCACUUUAAACAGCCUCUAGAUCUGGACUCUAAUCUCCAAAUCUCCUUUAUAGUGUAAGAAGUACAGCAAAAUCAAAACGAAAACCUUAAAGUUAAUUGGAAAUUCAAACCAUUCUUAAUCUUAGUUAGAAAAUAGAAUGGAAAUAAUUAUUUGCUAGUCCUACUUACUCUUCAAGGGAUAAUCCAUUAAAGAUUCAGAAAACUAAUUAACAUAAAGCAGACUAGCUUUACAAAAUAUAAAUCUAAUUUAAAUAACGCAAAAGAAAUUCAGAUAAUCUUUUAUAGAAAUAAUUGAAUUUAAAUAAUAAAGAAAUUACAAUUUAAAAAUUGUGUAAUAUAAUAUUUUCAGCUAGAGUAAGAGCAAAUAAUAAAUGA